GUGUAAUUCGGUUCGAUAAACUUUCACAUAGGCCCAGUUCUAAGCACUUUCUUUUUUUUGGGGGGGGGGGGGUUUAUUUUCUUCUUAAUCUUUAUUUUUUUUUAAAAGUUCGCUAACUUGCUUCAAUUAAGUUACCAGUCUAAUUUUUGGAGCCCCGUAACAGGCAUUUUGAAGCUACCUGUUAUCCACCAUCAUCUGGAACACAUUGAGCUGCAGAUUCCUGCACCUGUGCUUACAGCAACACUAUUCAAACAACCUUGCAGCUCCAGGGCAGCACCAACAUUCCUAACUUCCCUUCAGCAAAACAGCAGGUACUAUGAGAAGAAACAGUUAUACUGUGGCACCCAUGAUCAAAGCGGAGCCAACAAGGGGACUUAUCGAUGAGCCAGUCAAGCUUGAUGUUGUACAUUUAGUGCCUAACCAACGAGUCACAUUGCAAUCAAAGCUACUGUCUGAGGAUGCUGAUUGGUGGGAGGCAUAUGCUUACUAUGUCAGUGAUUCAGAAGGGAUUGUUCGAGUCACCAGAGACAGGUCAUUUGGAGGCACUUACAUGGGCCAGGAACCGAUGGGCUUGAUAUGGAGCAUGAAGCUUGCACCUGGUGGUCGUCCUGGAAUACGGCUGAGGAAAAAGGAUGUGACAAUUCCACUUUUGGUAACCAUUUCUGUUUAUGAUGGAUGGAUUUCCAGUAAUUUUGACAAAGAGGUGGUACUGGCGUCAGUUGUAUUAGAGCGUUUUUACAUGGCACCAGGCAUUACCAGGGUACAGCUCAAAGAGGGUCAUACUAUUGGAACAAUGUUCUUUCCACCAGGUCCUGGACCAUUUCCUGCAGUUUUGGAUAUGUGGGGUGGUGGAGGAGGCCUGGUUGAAUACCGUGCAGCUCUUCUUGCAUCACGAGGAUUUGCGACCUUAGCUUUGGCUUACUUGGAUCAUAAGGAGGUCCCACAUUCACUGCAAGUCUUCGACCCAAAACUAUCUUACUUUGAGGAGGCCUUCAACACCCUGAAUAAUCAUCCAAAGGUUUCAAAAGGCAAUAUUGCAAUUUUGGGACUCUCACUUGGAUUCACAAUUACACUCCUAAUGGCAACAGAGAUCCCAAAUAUUCAUCCGAAGUGCUUAAUCUGCAUCAGUGGAAGUCAUUAUAACCACCUUCAGGAAGGAAAAUCAGAAGUGUUUCCUGGAUUUGACAACAAAAUUAAACUGACAGCAAAUACUACUAUGAUAUGGAGAAAUAUUCUCUUACCAUUCCCAGAUGAUCCAACGUUGAUGAUUCAGGUUGAUAAAAUUAGAUGCCCCUUGAUGCUUAUUUUUGGGGAGGAUGAUCAGAACUGGCCUGCACCUGAAUCAGCUAUCGAGAUCCAGAAGGUGAUGAAGGCUGCAGGAAAUGAUCACUUGCUCACAGUACUCUCAUACCCUCAAGCCGGACAUCUGAUUGAGCCUCCAUAUAGCCCACACUGCAGGGAAUCGAAGUUUAAGAUAAAUUCCCUAAAUGAAAUAGUGAAUCUGAUGUGGGGAGGAGAGACCAAACCUCAUUCAGAUGCUCAGGAGGACUCCUGGAAAAAGGUUCUAGCAUUUCUAGAAAAACACCUUGCUCUUCAAUACCCAGCUACUAUUGUCCGAGCUAAACUGUGAGAGUGGCAAUAUCUAUACUGCAUCAAUACUGAGAGAAUUUACCAAUUUUGCUGCCUUCUGGAGCAGAAGAAACAAUCUUGUUACUUUCUGACUGUAGAAUGUCCUUGCCAAUUUAUAUUUAAAUUUUGCCUUUUUUGGCACUAGUGUAUUUCUGUGGUUGAUAAGCAAAAAUCUUGUUUUGGUGCUUCGGAUUAGAACAGAGCUGGUACAGAGCAGAAGGAGGCCAUUUGGCCUGUCGUAUCUGUUAUAGCUCUCCAAAGGAGCAAAUUACUUAGUACCACUCUCUUGUGUUCUUUCCGUAGCCCUGCAUGUUCUUCCUUUCCAGAUAAUAAUUUGCACAAAUGAACAUAUUUCCAACUUAUGAACUAUCUGGUUCGGUUGUUGAACUCAUUUCUUGGGGAAUUACUGAAUAAAUUGCUGAUUGAAAUUGUAUUCCUAAGAAGGUCACAAUAUUGUAAUAGUCAGUUAACAGUUAUCAUUUUUAUAAAAUCACCUGAAUGGUCCAAUGCACUUCAGUUGUGUUUAUGACUGUCUUUCAAAGUAACUGCUAAAUAUUCAAUGAUGAUUGCAAUUUUCUCUGAUAGAUACGUUUAAUUUUAGGAAUUUGUUCUCCAUUAAGUGACCUGUUAUUUUGAAUGUGAUUGUUUCUACAGGGAAGAGUAUGUUCCACUGAAUUAUCAUGCAAUAAUGAAUGUCAGAAAGAGACUCUCUGAUUCUAUUUUAGUUAUAUUAUAAUUUGUAGGAAGAUGUUUAUCUUGAAUGUUAUGUCGUCACCUAAAUGAAAUUUUGGAUCUAAAUGCAAUAAAAUAAUUAAUACAA